AUGCCAGACAUGUACGCCAUCCGACCCUGCACAAAAGCAGACACACAAUCGAAGGACACCUCAACACCGCAGUACACACCCAACAUAAUCCCAUGCAAAAUCCACCACGACGGAGCAAUUGAUUCCUUGGACCGGUACUGGGCGCCAAUAACACACAAACCUCAUAUUUCCGCGGCCGCAAACUUCGAGGUCGGCGCGUUGCCCUUCCGGACGGGUAUCGAGUACAAGCGGCUAAUUCUAUCCAUCUACCCCGAUCUAGGCGUCGUCGCAACACCAACCGAUCGCGUGUUACCUUCGAGUCAACAAGUCCCCAAUGAUGACAAUGAAGUCGUAGAAGUUGAGCCCGAGGAACCAGUGAAGAUUCUGGAGAUCAAUGGUACUUUUGAGGAUCUUGUUGUAUGGGGUCAUGAGGCUCUUCCUGCAGCGGAUGAUACGUUCGUUAAGGGUGUUGAGGAGUGGUUGCAAUUUGCGGAAGCUAUGCAUGCUGCACCUGCUCCGGCAAAUGGGAAAGAGGCUGCUGUCUGA